AUGGGAUGCUAUGAGGAGCACAAGGUGACUUAUGCCACCUACAUGUUGAGUGGAGAAGUUGAAGAUUGGUGGAAAUUUGCUAGUCAAACGCUACCAAGUAAUAAGGGAGUCAUAUCGUGGGUUGCAUUCAAUGAGAGUCUCUUGGAUAACUACUUCCAAAGGGACUUGCACAAGCAGACAACCAGAGAAUUUUUGGAGUUGAAGCAAGGGAGCAUGAUUGUAGGAGAAUAUGCUUUAAAGUUUCAUGAGCUCAUGAAGGGUAAACAAAUUGAGCCUAAGUUUGGAGGUCCGCAAAGGAAUGACAGGAGGCACCAAGGGAAUCACAAGAAGUCGUACCAAAGGUCUAAUCAAGCCUAUGGGGGACGUUCAGGAUACAAGAACAAUAACAACAACAACAACAAAAAUGGUCUGCUUAAGUGUUUUCUAUGUGGAGGAUUUCAUUUCAAGAGGGAUUUCCCACAAUUAGCUACUAUUUGUGCCAAUUGCGGAAAGAUAGGACACUCGCUUAAGGAUUAUUGGUAUGCACCUAAGAGGGAUGGCAAUCAUGGAAGUGGAGCUAAGAACAAUUACAAGAACAACAACAGAAGGUGA